AUGGCGGCGCUGCCGGCGUUGAUGGAGGAGCUCGUCGAAGAGAUCCUCCUCCGCGUCCCGCCGGAGGAGCCGGCGCAUCUCAUCCGUGCCGCCAUGGUCUGCAAGGCCUGGUGCCGAAUCCUCUCUGAUGGUGGAUUCCGCCGCCGCUACAGCCGGUUCCACCGAAUGCCUACCCUGAUGGGCUACAUCUGCAGCGUCUUCAUGGACGCAUGCCUCCAGUUCGUCCCAACCACUAGUUUCUCACCGCCGCUGCCGCCUACCAGCUGCUACUACAGGGCCCGUGACUGCCGCCAUGACCGUGUGCUGAUCCAAGACGACUCACCAAGCUUCAUCGUCUGGGACCUCAUCACCGGCAACCGGCAGCACCUGAGCUCUCGCCCUUGCGCGCACCAUCACCAGACCUACUUCUCUUCCAAUGAGGCUGUGCUAUGCGCCCGCCAUCAGCAUGGCUGCGACCACCUCGACUGUCAUGGCGGUCCGUUCCUCGUGGUCUCUGUGAAGACAGUACACGAUGCCGGCGCCGCGGAGCAUGAUGCCACGUACACGUGUGCGAGCGUGUACUCGUCAGAGACCGGAGCAUGGAGCGCCGAAACCUGCACUACUCAUGAUUAUUAUUACGAUGUUGGGGGCUGCAUGAAACGCAGUCUUCUUAUCGGAGACGCGCUCUACUUCACACAAGCAGGACUGUCCGUGAUGUGA